AUGGUUCCUAAAUAUAAGUUAUUAUUAGAUACUUUUCUCAAUGAGACUAGUGAGGAAUCUGAAUUUUGUGCACCCUCUCCUAAAUGCGAUGAUCCUGGUUUGUUUUCUAUUCACUGCAAAAUUGGAAAGGCUGGUCUUCAUGAGUGUGUAUUAGAUUUAGGAUCUUCAGUCAAUAUUUUACCGUCUUCUAUGUAUGAUCAGAUUGUAUUAGGACCCUUGAAGAGCACAAAUGAAAUUAUUUACAUGGCUAACGGAAAUAGUGUGUCGUUUAAUGGUUGCUUGGAAAAUGUUUUGACUCAAGUUAAACACCUGUUUUUCCUUGUCGAUUUUUAUGUUAUUAAUAUGGAGAAUAUUUUUGAAAUUUUGUUGGGAAGGCCAUUUUUACAGAUUGCAAAGGCAUUAAUUGAUGUAGCUAAUGGCAGUGUCACCUUAGGAAAUAAUGGUCAGACGAUUAACAUUAAUGUUUUCGAUGAACAAGGUUCACUUGAAGAAACGGGUGCUACUAACCAUGUUUCUUAUCAUCUUGCACAUAUUGGAGUUGAAAAUGUAGAGAUGUUAUUAGAUGAGAUGGUCAACAAUGUAGGGCUUGAGCAAUUGUUUUUUGAUGCCCUAAAUGAGCUGUGUUUUUAA